AUGAUUAGUUGGCGAGUUGUAAAUUCAACAUCUACACCGUUGGUAGUCGAGAUAUUGCAACGGCAUGCCUGGAGACUAGGAUAUUAUCCAUGUACUGCAGCAUCGAUCGCAAGUGGUUCACCAACAAUUGGUUCAGGCACCCUCACUUGUUAUUCGUCAUGUCCGCCUACCAUGGCAACAAAUUUGGGUUCAGUUGCUGUCCCGUGCACCAGUUACAAUACCCUUGAAGAUUAUUCAAUGGGUGAAUCACGUUUUCAAGUUAAAAUCCCAAAAAACUAUCGUUUUCAAGCGAUAUAUAAUUCUUCAGCUUGGUUUGCACUAGUAUUGAGUACUGGAUCUGAUUGGUCAGUCGCAGUACAAAUAAAUACAUUUCAACGGAGCAAUGGCAAGUAUAAUCAAGCUCCAAUUGCAACAAUGCUACCAAUUAUUCGUUUGAGAAGAAAUGUAACUUAUAACGUAAAAAUAAAUGUGGCUGACAACGAUUUCGAUCCAUAUCAGUGUUUCUGGUCAAACGGUUCAUUGAAUGAGUGUGGCGGUGUGUGUAAAGCUGUUCCGGCGUCAAGUGUCUUAAACCAAACAUCAUGUAUGCUCAAAUUUAUAGGCCCAUCAGUCGGAUAUUAUGCAAUCGCCUUGACAAUUGUUGAUUUUGAAUCACUGACAAACACAACUCAAUUAUCUCGUGUACCAUUACAAUUUAUAUUUCAUGUUUGGGAUACAAAUAAUACUUGUUUAUUACCACCUGUCUAUCUGGGCGAUUCACCAGCAGAUCAGUGUAUCUACGUCGAUCCAGGACAAGUAGUCACCAUGCGUAUUCGAAUUCAAAUUCAAUGUCCGGGUGCCAAUUUGUCUAGUGUUAUUGCUGUGUAUCCCCCCGGAUUUUCACAAUCUGCAAUUUAUGAAGAUCCAUAUGACACAACAAUCAACUUUUUUAUGGUUAAUUAUACAGCUGCUGCAAACCAAGUGGGCCAAAAUCUAUUUUGUUUUGCCGGAGUUGAUUCCGUUGGAAAUCAGGGUGAUUCCACAUGUCUGAGAUUCACUGUUCAACUGAGCACAUCAAGUCUGAACACAUUGUACAUUGGAAACGUUACACGCUAUCCAAUAGGAACAGUAUCGAAAUUUCAAUCAGUUUGGACUAUACUAUAUCCGAAUGCUACAUCCUUUACUCGUCCAUUGGUUGAAGCAUAUAUUCGGUUUAAACUACAAUCAACUGCAGAAGAUUUUUUAACAUUGAAUGUUGUACUAGAAACAACCAAUGUUCUUUAUUUAUCUGAUCGUUUGGUUAUUUAUACGAGUAUUGAGUUUACGCCGGGACAAUCGUUCUACAUCUCGUUUGAUCCAGGAGUGUUUCUAGAAAUCAGCACAUGUCUCAGAAAUUCAAUGGGCAUUACAGAUUCAUCAUUUUGGCCAUUUAAUAUUGUUCCUGAAAUAACAACAACGUUAUCGACAACAACGACAACUGAAGCACCAACAACUACGUUAAAAGUGCGAACAGUAGGUAAAACUGACCGCUAUAUUUUAGCUAUUCCUUUACUUUUGUCCACUUUACAGGUACCAGUACCGAAAACUUUGCCGAUGACCGAAAUACAAACAACAAUUGCCACAACCACAACAACUUUAGGCUCCAGUACGAUUACACUAACCACAGAAAAGCCAUUUACAUCUGCUACGAACUUUCCUGUUAGCGUCAUAAUUAUUAUCACAAUCGGUGGCUUAAUAUUCCUAAUCAUUCUCGUUUGGUUGAUGCUCUAUAAAUUGAGAUCCGAUAUGCCAUCUGCAAGUCAAAAGAGAUCUCUACGCGAUGACACUGUAACAUCAAAACGUUCGGGACGAAGUAUUACGAGCAUUGUACAACAAUACCGACUAGCAAUAAGAACAAAUCGAAGAAAAUCAAAACAUAACCUUAGAAACAAUCAGCAUUUAGUUGAGGUAGAAUGUUAA